ACAUUUUUCACAUUUAUCAAUCAUCUUUGCUACUCCAACAAGCAUCUCGCAAAUCAUCUUAUGACACCUCAUAGCUGAUCAUCAACGCGCACUUGUCUAGCGCUGAUUUCUUGAUCGCUGCAUUAUCUCACAGUAUCCUACCAUGGCCGCCAAACCGUCGGCCGAAGCGUUGCGCGAAAUGCGCCUGAAGCGAUUCGGUGCUACGUCUUCCAGCAGUAGUAGUUCCGCCGCUGCUUCAUCUUCGCCCAAUACCGUGGAUAGCAGUGGUAAAUCUGCAUCGUCCGAUGCCCUCCUCUUACGGGAGUACAUUCCAUCGAGCGAGCAAGAGCGUGAGCUCAAACGCUUCCGAAACGAGUGGGCCAAAGAAGUACGCAAGAAGACGACUGCUCAACAGAAAGCCAUGGAAGCCCAGAGUAUGGAAGCAGAAAAGAAACGCGCGAUGCGUGAGGCGCGGCGACUAGAGCAAGAAGAGCGCGAUCGACGGCCGACGAUGCAAGAGCUUGAUGAGAUUGCUUUGAGGGAGCGAGAGGAGAGAGAAGUUCUGCAGCUGCGCAUCAAAAAGAUGGAUGACGAGAAGCGCGAGUACUAUCGCACUACGUGGCUGUCUGAACUGGAUAAGCAAAUUGCUCAAUGGACUUCCGGGUCUCCCUCCAGCAAACCUGGCGAAGCCUCUCACGAAAUGAAUUAUGCCGCAACCAUCAAAAAUUCCACUGGCAGCUAUGUAGCGGCGCACAAGGUGUUCGGCAUCACGGAACUGCACCAGCAUAUUCUUUCCUAUCUUUUGCCCGUGGACAUUCUGAUGACGUUGGGUGUGAAUCGCUAUUGGCGCUCUGUCGCAUUCCCCCUAAAAGCCAAAAAAGAGAGCGUCCAAUCUUGGCUAGAUCCGAUGGAAGCAGUAGACUUGCAUGGCGUCAAUGACAACCUUUUAAGCCCGUGCUGCACCGAGUCGUCAGGACGAUGUGGCACAUGUGAGAGAGACCUGGACGAAAACAAUAUGGGUCGCCAUUUCGUCGAAAUCCGCCAGCUGAAGCCAAACCCAUACCUUCAACAACAGAUUCUUAGGAACAGAGGGCUCAUUCUUCCCCUAUUCGAUUUCGAACCAAGAGAGCGGGAAUUCAGGAACGGAGUGUUCAUUCUUCACCCAUUCGAACCAAGAGAGUUCGAGGUGAAGCUUGCCAGGGACCUGAAGCCUCAUUUCAUAUAUCCUCAAGAGGAACGCUUCACAAACCCUGAUGCUAGUUGGCGGAACAUGUACCUCACGAAACCACCGAUUCGAAAAGUGGAAUUAAGUCAUUGGUAUGCUGGGGUGAAAGAGACGCGAACCCCAUUCGACGUGGUCUACGAUCCGAAUGGAAUCCGGUGUGCUCACCUCUUAGAUGUGCUGGAGAGCCAUGCUGCGACAAUCGCUCAGCUGUGGAUGAGCACUAAGCUUAAGGAGAGGGCCCGUGAGGAGACGUUUAUUGAGAAUGCGGAGUUCCAGGAGCUGAAAUUGUGUAAGAAAUUUCUACACGAGGAACCUAGGAUCAUUGGUAGGUUGAUAAGAUAAUGGACAACCUUCCGGCGUGAUGGACAGCUUGAUGUCAUAUGGACUUGUUUAUUGUUUCUAUAAUGUUUCAUUAACUCCUCUAUCUAUGAACUAUUGGCCAGGACUUUCAGGAUUUCCCGUCGACCGCACUUCUAUAAACCUAAAAAAAUCGCAGCGGCAUUGUCUAUCGUCCGUCCCAUUUAUCCAGCCCUUUCCCUCCUACUUCCCAAGCGGCCGCAGCCCUGAAGAUGUUCUCUUCGUCAAAUCUCUUCGCUAUCAACUGCAUGCCAACUGGUAAUUUUCCCUUUCGAUCUGGUAGCGAGCC